ACUAGAACAGUUUUGGUAUCAUAUGAGCCCUUAAAAAGUUGUUGUUCCACCUGUACCUAUUAGCCAUACCCAAUAAUUGCUCAUGCAUGACAUCAAAGGCAUUGGCGUACGUGUCCCACUAACACAUUAGCAUGAAAGUGGGUGAAGGUCACUGAACUGUUGCUGUAGGACUAGGAGCAAUGAACUUUUAACAAAGAUUUCAUACUGUCAACAGGGGUAUCGGGUUUCCACCAGUACAAAAAAUGUACAAUGUGUAUUUAAUUAUGCUGUUGUUAUUAAAGUUUAACAUUGUUACUAAUUACUGUCAGGUUCAAUGUUUUUUUGGAGCCCUCCCUUUCCAUUAGUAAUCUAAACACAUCAGUCAGUGAAAGAGACAUUCCACCUGUGGCCUGAAGGCAUAGUAGCUGUCUGACGACCUUCGACCUCUACAAAUAGAACAAACACCAACAUGGCCGCCGCCCGUAAGUACUCUAGAUCUGGCUCAUUGGAGUUCAUACAGGAGGAGCUGUCCUGUGGUAUCUGUCAUGAGCUGCUCACCAGGCCUAAAGUUGUUCCCUGUGCAGGUAAACACUCGUUCUGCCAACACUGUCUGGAGAGGUGGGCAUCCACCCAGCAGCCCUUCAGGUGCCCGACCUGUCGCCAGCCCUCCCACCUCCCGGCCGCCGGGGUGUCGUGUUUACCGGACUGCGACCGGAGGAUAGUCAACCUGUGUGACCAGCUACGCAGUCAGGGGGUGUCCGAAGCCUUCGAGCUAGACUUUAGAUGUGGACUUCAUGACUAUGAAGAGUUCAGGGUGUUCUGUAAGCAGUGCCAGGUGCCUGUUUGCGAGGCGUGUUUGGAGGGACCUCACGACGGGCACCCAACCACGACACUGAAGAAAGCCUCGCAAGAAAGGACCCCUGCUGUCCAGGCAUUGGUCAACCAGGGAAGGGCCAUCCUGGAAAAAUACGGCAAAGUUGUCCAAGGUUUCAGAGCGACUGAAGAACUCUUGAGCAAACAAAAACAGGACACAGAGACCAACAUUUCUGCAGCGUUCGAUCGUAUCAUACAGAAGCUCGUCAAAGCAAAAGAAGGACUACUGUCGCAAGUGGACGACAUUCACAAACGGAAUGUGGACGCCAUACAAGAUCAACUAUCGGGGGUUCUCGCCGAAGUUUCCGAGCUUUCCAAAGUUUGCGAGAACGCAGACGAAGACAUCACAUUGGGUGGAAACAACCUGUUACAACACGAAGCCCUUCUUACAAGCAUGGUGGGGAAAUACAGGGACAAACAAGCCCCUACACCCAAACAACCACAAGUGGCAGUCUUCAACCCCACUGACGACAAUGUUGACACCACGUCCAUAGUAGGGUACAUCUUUUCGCAGUCAUUUUCGAUCCCGUCAUUCGCAAUCCCAGAACCACCUGCAAGUCACGACGAAGAGGUCUUCGACCGUAACCACGGUGACCUACGCCAGGUUCCGUCUCGGAGCGUCACAUUUGGCGGAAAGGGGGCAGAGGAAGGGAAGUUCGACAGACCGCGUGGGGUUGCGGUGUCGGAUGAAGGGGUGAUCUUUGUAGCAGACUACAUCAACGCUCGUGUCCAAGGUUUCACGAUGGAGGGAGAGUUUGUUAGCGCGUUUCUGACGGUCACGUCAGAUGGACGGAAGGUGUUCCCGUACGAUGUAGCCAUAGACAGAGAGGGGAACCUGUGGGUGGUGGGGCACACCGAGAGUCAGUCUGACUACUAUGCUGUACAGCUCAGCAGAGAACAGGCCAGCAGUGACCUCUGGCAGUUUGAGGGGGAACUGCAGGUGUUCACCCCGGAGGGGGUCCUCCUAAGAACUGUGGGUAGGCAGCAGGGGAUGGAGUACCCGCAAUAUACCAGCGUCGACUUACAGGGAAACAUUCUCGUGUCGGACUUCAAGGACCACUACGUCUACAAGUACAACCAGAGCGAGCAGCUAUUGGUCAAGUUUGGUGGGGAGGGCCAAUCAGACGGUCAGCUGAAAAAUCCGUGCGGCUUGUGCUCGGACGGUUCUGGAAACAACAUCAUUGUGGCCGACAGCGGUAACAGCCGCGUGGAAAUCUUCGACGGGAACGGCGCGUUCCUCGGACACGUUGCCACGGGGAUGGCCAAGCCGUGUGCCGUUGCCAUGGCAACGCAGGGGCAGCUGAUCGUGACGGACUCGGAGGACCAUACGGUCACGGUUAUACAGGACGUGCUGGGGUCAGAGUGAGAGGUGAAACCAAUCUCGAACCUGUUUUACCUAGCUUACUGAACAGCUAGUCUUCCACAGAGAGGACAGACUGCGUACAGAAUUUUUUAUAGGUUAAUAUUCGACACUGCCACCGAUGGAUAGUUGUGUAACCCUAGCAGCAAGUUAUAUACAUUGUAUAUUACAUUGUACA